AUGACAGACACCGCUCCAGACGUCAGUCCUAAGGCUGCCGAGUUCCGAGAGGAUCUCAACAAUAUUCUGAUAUGCAAAGACUGCAAGGAGUUCCCCCCAAACCUUAUCGAGGAGUUCUCGUCUGGAGACAUGGUGUGCACCUCAUGUGGAGUGGUGGUUGGCGAUCGAAUCAUCGACACCCGCUCCGAGUGGCGUACCUUCUCAAAUGACGACCAGGGCAACGAUGACCCUUCGCGUGUCGGUGAUGGCCCCAACGUAAUGAUCAACGGCGAUCAGCUGCAGACAACUAUUGCCUUUGACGGGAAGAACGCGAAAAACCUGUCGCAUCUGCAAAAUAAGAUCACCCAGGACAAGUCGUCCAAGACGCUCCUUCAGGCCUAUCGCGACAUCCAGAGCUUAACAGACAGCUUCAACGGUGGAACUCAGGUUGCCAAUGCCGCGAAGCACAUCUUCAAGCUCGUUGAAGAUAACAAGGCGCUCAAGGGAAAGUCGCAAGAAGCAAUCAUUGCCGGGUGCAUCUUCAUUGCGUGCCGUCAGAUCAACGUGCCGCGAACCUUCCGCGAGCUUUACGGCUUGACAAAGGUGUCCAAAAAGGAAAUCGGCCGUGUUUUCAAGCAGCUGGAGGCUUUCUUGCAGAAGAUGGGCGGUGAGGAUGAGAUUGCGAAGGCUAGCUCCCUUACGCAACAAUACCAAGCCAAGGGCUCAACGAGCGCCGUUGAGCUCUGUGCUCGCUACUGCAACAACCUCCGAUUUCAUAACAAUCUAGAGAUAGAGCAAGUCGCCAAGCAGCUUGCGAGACUGUCGACAUCAGUCGCCGAUCUCGCUGGCCGCUCGCCCCUCUCGGUGGCGGCUGCCUGCAUCUACAUGGCAUCACAUCUGAUGGGCCAUCCCCGCACCUCUAAAGAAAUUGCAGCGGUUGCUGGCGUCAGCGACGGCACGGUCAAGACAGCAUACCGGUACCUACUAGCCGCCAAGGACGAGAUUAUCAAGCCCGAGAACUUUCCCGCCGAGGACUUUAAGAAAGCACCCGACGCAAGCAAGUUGCCCGUGAACUAG